AUGGCUUCGACCCCCGAAACAAAACUAGCGGACAAUGAAGUUCCCCAAUCGAGUUUUUUCAGUGAACUAUUUAGCCCGGUAAACUUGAUCUUAACUGUUAUUAUCGUCGUGUUAGUGUACAAAAUAUUAAGGAGUAAGUUUGGUAAGUCUUCUGUUGAGCCGCCUGCGCCGGAGCUGCCGAAAAUUAGGAAGGACAUGACGGUAGCCGAACUUCGGCAGUAUGACGGCACGCAGCCUGACGGUCGUGUUCUGGUGGCUGUAAAUGGGUGGAUUUUUGAUGCGACGCGAGGGCGCCGCUUCUAUGGUCCCGGAGGUCCAUAUGCAGUAUUUGGUGGCAAAGAUGCAUCACGGGGCCUAGCCACCUUCUCAGUUACAUCCUCAGAUAAGGAGUACGAUGACUUAAGUGAUCUCAACUCUAUGGAAAUGGAGUCAGUUAAAGAAUGGGAGGCACAGUUCAGAGAAAAAUACGACCUGGUUGGCAGACUAUUGAAACCAGGAGAGGAACCAACGAACUACUCGGACGAAGAGACAGAGGAAACGGAGCCAUCCACUAACAACCCAGAAGAGAAGAAAGAGCAGUAG